AUGGAACCUCGUAUCUUUCAGACGCUGAGAGUCAACAUCAAGCCACUCCAGCGCGAGGCCCUCCCGAAAGGCACACUAGAGAAUGAGCUUCUAGACUCGGCGUUGGGUGACUGCAAGGGCCUCACGGUGCUUGACGUCGGCGGCGGCCAGGGCGUGAGGGCACGCCAGGUGGUUGACCAUGGCGCCGUUGCCGUGGAUGUUCUCGACUUGUCUCCCGAAAUGAUGCAGAUAGGCAAGGAGGUAGAGGAAACCCUGGGAAGAGGCAGCAAGGUUGUGCAGUGGUUCGAGGUCGACGUGUCCAAGCCUGAGGAUGUGGAGCGCCUGCCGCUGCGGUUUAAAGAUGAAGGCUACGACUUGGUCAUGGCCAACUGGACCUUCGAGCACGCGUCCAGCAUGGAGAUGUUGGACGGCAUGUUCCGCACGAUCGUGGCCUACCUCAAGCCAGGCGGACGAUUUAUCGGAACACGCGUCUUCAAUUCCCCUCGCACGCCGGAGACGACGAGCGGCAAAUAUGGCGCGGUAUACAAGGACUUUGUGGACGUGCCUGGCGGUAUGCUGUUCCGCUAUGUGGUCAGCGUCGACCCGCCCGUGGAGUACGAUGCGGCGUCGAUGGAAGUCACUCACGACCCGGCCAAGAUUGACGAGUUCCACGCGAGACACGGGCUGGUGGACACACAGGUUGAGCCGGCCGGAGAAGCCCCCUGCGUCAAGAGUGAUCCGGACUUCUGGAAGACGUUUCUGGAGCUGCCGAGCAUGGCUGUCGUGAAGGCACGCAAGGCAAAGACAACAUGA